GAAAAAAAAAACAAUGGACUGUUUUUUUCUACAGCUUUGAGCACAACAGACUAGGCUGACAAACUACUGGACUGAGUCAGAGAGAACCUGGUAUUAGUGAUCCAACGCACCAGGUGAGCAUCGACAAGGCAGUGAGGAACACUUUAAACGAGUUGGCACUCCACUGAAAUCCAGCACUGCACCUGGGCUCCAAUGCAAUGGAGCCUGUCAUCAUGUUUCCAGCAGCGGCCUCAUUUGUGGUUUGCAUUGCCCUGGCUCUCAGCAGGACUGGAGCCCAGGGUGAGGAGGAGAAUGUAGUGGAGAAAAGGGAGGUGUCCAUGUGCCAAAGCAUCUGUUCAGACGGGGUCAGUUUCAACGGCCAGUGCUACCACUACUACAGUGUGACGAAGACAUGGGCAGAUGCUGAGCUGCACUGCCUCAGCCUUGGGGGGAAUCUCGCCUCCGUACACAGUGAUGACGACAACCAGUUCAUCCAGGAUCUGAUCAAGAGCAAUGAGAAGAAGGUGUCUCUUACCUGGCUGGGGGGCUCUGACUGCUUCAAGGAGGGUUCGUGGGUGUGGACUGAUGGAUCAAAAUGGGACUACAGCCACUGGAACAAAAAUGAGCCCAACAACCAAGGAGUUGAAAACUGUUUGCACACCAACUGGGGAGGCUCCGGAGGUUGGAACGACUACUCUUGUACUGCACAAUAUCCAUUUGUCUGUGUGACCAAGGGUUAGGUGACUAUGAUGAACUCAAGAUUUUAUGUAUAAUCCUCUUUAAUAAAAUGCACAAUGUCUGUUAAGUGCACUUGAUCAAUAAAAAUGAGUCAGCAUACUCA